UGGGCCCCGUGACCUCGAUCAGUCACGUGACCAGCGGCCAUUAUGUUAAACUGACUGCAUGAUGUGUUCGUUUAUUUCUAGAACGAAUGAAAUCAUUCAGUAAGAAAUCUGGCUUCGUACGAUGCCUGGUUCUGUAGAAAGAUGGCUACAGUCCUUCAUGUGUACGCAAUAUGCGCAUGUUAUUGAAUCUUACGGAUACAAAACACUCCAAGCAGUAUGCCACCUGCAGCUGCCCCAUUUACUGGCUAUGGGGGUACCAAGAAAUCACAGUGAAAUGAUAAUAGAAAAUGUCCGCAUUUUGAGACAGACAAUGUUUGGAAGGUAUCCGAACAGUCCAGAGUCAGAUUUUCAGAGCUACAGAUACAACCCACCCCUUAAUCCUGCCGUCAGUGCUCUGAAAACUGCAGCCAUGAAUGCAAACUACAGAGGGAUGACACAAUAUCCUGAAGACUACAGUGGCUACAAUCAGAGUGGAAAUAGUAUGCAUCCCAUGGGCUAUCAUCAGGGCCGGUAUAACAGUUCAAACAUGGGUAUGAUGAACCAUGCAGGUACAGGUUACGGAGUGCAAAAUUAUGAGGCUUCCCACCAUGGCCACAUGAUGAUGAGUGGUCAGGGGCAAGUGCCUCAGCACUCUGCAAUGUUCCAGCAGCAGCAACAGGCUUACAUGGCACCACAACAGUUUUAUACUGGUGGUGGAGCUAGUAGUAGUGGUGGUGGUGGUAGUGGUGGUGGUGGAGGAAGCCAAUUUGGAGGACAGCAAUAUCCCUUGCAGGGGGCUACAAGCAUGCAAGGAAUGGUGAAUGCAUCUCCUGGUUAUUACAGCAGUGCUGCUCCUCCAGGAGGGGGUGGUGGGAAUAACACAGGACAGAGUCCAGCGACAAGUAUGGUGCCACCACCACAUCAUCACCUUCGGAAUACAUCAGGCCAGCAGAAUCCCCAGCAAGUUGCUGACAAUAUCUUGCAGAUGGCCUCCUCCUCCUACCCUAGUCAUCACACGGUGGGUACUGUGCUGCAGGUGCAGGUGCCACUGAAAAACAGACAUGCUCCAUACCAAAUUCCACGUUCUCAUUUUAAUUACUCUCAGGACAAGAAUGUGGCUCAGGGCCAAGGAGUUUCUGUUCAAUCAUCACUAGGUGGUCAGCAGGCACUCAGUGGGCAGUCAAUGUCACAGCAGACUAUGACAGGGCAGACAUUGAGUGCCCAGCAAGCAAUGUCUGGUCAGUCCAUGGCAGCUCAACAGAUGAUAGGAAGUGGCCAGCAAGCUAUGACAGGACAGUCUCUAAACAGCCAGCAAGCAGUUGGAAGAUCACAAUCAGGAAAUAAUCUGCAGCAGCAAGUAGGAGUUGGAGGACAAAGCAGUAUGAUCUAUCCACAGUCAUCCCCCCACAGUCACAUAGGUCCUCAAGCUUCUCCCAUGAGCCCUCUGAUGAAUAGUCCCGCCUCUGUUCAAGGUCAACAGGGCCAGAGUCUGGCCAGUCCUAGUUCACUUCACAGUCCUGGAUCAACAUCAGCCCUGCGCUCACCAGCACCCUCUCCUGGUAUGUGUGGGAUGCGUUCACCUUGUUCUUUGUCAGUGGGAACCCCUGGUGGUGCCAUGCGAUCUCCUGUGCAACUUCCAACAGGGUUCUCAACCCAACAGAUGAGCUCACCUCCUCACCGCUCGCACAGUUCUUCAGAGACCCCUGUCAACACUCAAUGUGCUCCAUGUGUCCACUCUCCUAUAAGCCAUGUCAGUUCACCAUACACACCCAGUGGGCAAGUGACCCAUAUCGCUAGUCCCCCACAGCCUCCUUCUUACAUUACCCCAAACCCCAGCCCAUAUAGACUUUCUGACUCAAGUCAGGGACCUGGUCAUGGACCAGGAGGAACAGUGCAAGGGCAAGGUAGCAGCCCUCUGCAGUUUCUGCAGAAGCUUGUGAUGCUGCCAGAGACUCAAGUGGUUGAUCCUAAGAGUGUGGUAAGUGAAGCAUGCAUGGGGUCAUCGUCAUCUAGUGAGAGUUCAAAAAACUGUGAAGGCCCAGCAGAGCAGUGUAGUGAGGAUGUAGGCUGCUCUGCAGGGAACUCUUGCACUACAAGUCCUCUUGUUGACCAUGCUUCACCAGGCAGUGGUGAGAUACAGAGUGAUGAAAAAGCUCUGUCUUUAAAUGCAAGUGUUAAGAGUGUGACAGACUUGGAGAAGCUUGAGGUUGUUAUAACUGUACCAUUGAUGCAAACUCAUGAUGAGAUGAUAUCCACACAUGACGGCAGUCAGCCGUCAGCUGUGACAUCACCUUCCUAUUCUGUGAACGGUGCAGUAGGUUUUUCACCAUCCCAAAAAUUUUCGUCCAACUCUCAGGCAAGCAGUCAUUCCAGUACUUCACCUCAACUGGCCACACCAUCUUCCAGAAACUGUGACACCCCGAGUUCUACUUCACCUCCUUAUAACCUUAAUCCCAUUUCUGCAACUGGCAGCAUCAGUAGACAAAUGCAUGGUUCUAGUGAGAAAAAAACUGUCAAAUCCCCUCACAAAAUUCAGUCCUCCCAUGUGAAAUGUAAUGGAACUGCAAAACAAGUAGAUGCUAUUGUUGAUGGUGACAAAACUAACAGUACACUUUGCAGCAGCAACCAACCACUGACACCACAUAGCAGUCAUACAAAGGACUUGAUUACAAAUGCCAAGCAAGAGAAGCACUUGCCUUCAUUAAGUAAAACAAAAAAAUUAAGCUCUCCAAUAGCAAAAGAGCAAAUUAUUAGUGAGAUCCUUUUAUCCUCAGAAGAGUUCAAACAAGCAAACACUGUGACAGCAGAAUGUGCACUGAAAGUGGAUGUAAAUAAAACCAAACUUGCAAUGAAUGGCUUCGAGGAAUCAGAGAUUAAUGGCAAUGCUAGUGAAUUAGAUGUGCCUAGAUGCAAUCAUAUAUGCACACGAAAUCGCAGCAGGCAGAACUGUACUGAUAAAAGUCUAGUUGGCAGUGAUAUUUUAGAUAGUCAUGAGAUGAAAAAAAAGAAGGUAGUCUUAAAUAGAUGUCAGCCUAAGCAUGUUUCCAGAGAUGCAUUGUCUGUAUCUUCCCAUCGAGUGGUUGCUGCUGGCAACAGCCCCACACAAACAGUUGUUCAUUCACAGACCCCUUGCCUCCCUUCUCAUCUCUCAGAUAGUGAAGGUGAAAGGGAAGAACUGUCUGAUGCAGAAGUGGCUUGUGCGUUUUCUAGAAUUAGUGGUGGUGGGUUAAAGCGUGCUGGAAGUGUCGAGGAUGUUGGGCCUUUCAACGAUUCUGGGAGUGAUGAGGAAGACUUCAGUUUUUCCGAUGGUCUGGAUUUUGGUUAUGACAGUCCUCCGUGUGAGAUGACGGGGGAAGAUAGCUGGCAGUUGGAAUCUACUAAAAAAAUUGCCAGUGUAGGCCAAACUGAAGGUGAGGCAAGAUGUGCUGAUCAGGGUUCUGAGAAAGGUAGGAGUCCACAAAAUAACAAAAGUUCAACUGGUAACCUGGACAAAUCUACCAUUAGUUCCUCUUGCAGUCGCACUGUCACUCGCAGUACUACAGGCAGGGCACCAAAGCGAACUUUUGAUGAUACCCCAACCAACUCAAGGAGAGCCAGAAAAACUUUAGGUACUGCUUUUAACCACAGCAAUGGUGACUUGUGCACAAAAUCUGACAAGUGUUGCAUUGAUAAUGACAGUACUGAUUCACACACCAAAGAGAAAGUAGAUGAAGACAAAGACUCCUCACCAAAAAGAAACUGUCGAAAAUCUCCUGUGGUGGUGCUGACAAAAGCACCGGAAAAAUUAACUCACAAGAACAAAGGUAAAAAAGGCAGCAGUACAUCGAGAGGGUUAAAGAAUGACAAAGUAGGAAAGAUGUGUACAAAAAGUGAUGGUUUAUCUCAUCACAGUGAUAAUCAUGCCAGUCACAUGCUAAGGGGUCCUGAUGGGAGAUUUUUGCGGAAAACAGCAGGGAUUAAAUCCCGUUCUGGAACAUUGCCUGCUCCUAUUUCUCAAAUUAAAGAUGCCGAAUCAGAUGACGAGCCCUUGAUUGUUGUGCAGCGUCGUGCAAGUAAAGGCGAUAGUGAUAGUUCCAUCUUGGCAUCCACAAAACCAAUAUCUGAUAAACUGAAUGCACUUAAGUCUGAGCAAGAAUUAGAGUCAAGCAGAGUUAAUGUUUCUCUUUCACAGUCUGAGAUCCCACCGAAGUUGAGUAGAAUGGAUGGUGAUGGAUCUUUUAGUGUGAAGGUAGAACCUGGUGGAGGGCAGGCUACACCUUUGUUUCAGACAUUGACAACAGUGAAUUCUGAUUUGUCAUCAAGAGUCACAUCUUUUCCAAGUUUUUGUGAUCCAGGAACACAAGUUGUUUCUCCAUCUCCAUCCAAGUCCGAUUCCAGCACACCAAAGAAAAGAGGACGGCCCAAAAAACCAGGCACUUCAGGAAGUAAGGUGUCGAAGAAAGGCAAGAAAAGCAAGAAGAGAGAGUUGCUGCAUUGGCAGGACACUGAAGAUGAUUCUCUCCAAACCAUGAAGCUUAGAAGAACUUUCCAUCUUAUGCAGAAUAAGAAAAAAAGGAGUGAAUCUGUUCCAAAUGUAAGUGGCCCAUUUUCUCCAUUUGUACGAGUGGAAGGAAAGAAACAUACUCCUGUCAGAGUUGCUGUUGUGAAUCAUCCACUUACAGAAAAUGCUGAUCCCAAGGCAGGUAGCAAAAAAAAGGUGACCAGUGGCAUUGCUCUCACAGCUUCUGUGCAGAUUUCAAAUCUUCCAUCUGACAAAACGGUAAUGUUACCAUCAAGCAAAACAGUGGGUGAGACUGGUUGGACCUGUGCUUUAUGUGGGAAACGUAGCAGCUACAGAUUCUUGGGAGAUUUAUUUGGCCCUUACUACCUCGAGUCUCAUUUGGCUGUCCUUAACAAAUCUGCAGCAGAUGCAAGUAAGAAAGAUGGUAAACAGGAAUUAACAGGAGAGCUUUCAUUGGAGACAAGAUCUGCAAGAAGAAAGUCGCGUUGUGCCAGUAAUGGGUUAGAGGUUGGAGAGGUGGUGGUCACUCCUCAGGAAGUGUGGGUACACGAAGACUGUGCCUUGUGGUCCAAUGGUGUUUACCUAGUAGGAUCUCGCCUCUAUGGUCUGGAAGAAGCUCUCAAGGUUGCUACAGCCACAAUGUGUGCUUCUUGUCGAGAGACUGGUGCCAUGGUUGGCUGUCUUCAUAAAGGUUGCAACCAGAAUUUUCAUUAUGCAUGUGCCGUGGACAAAGAUUGUUUUUUAGAUGUUGAAAACUUCUCCAUGUUGUGCCCCAAGCAUAAAGACAAGAGACUCAAAGCAAAUGCUGUUUCCACAAGCAAGUCAUGACACUAGUUUUUAAAAGGUUAUGUAAGCUACACCCAAAUUCUUGAGAUGCAAGCCAGCAAACCAUUCACCAAGCCACCUAUCAACUCAUACUGCUGAGACACUGUCUUAAAGAGAUAGUUGCAGUCGACAGGACUAUUCAGUCAGGUACAACCAAGGCAGCAUGAUCAUGGGCAGAGAAAGUAGGCUGAAGACUUAAAAGAUUUUCUGACUUAAGUUGCCUACUCACAAGGUAUUAAUGAAGGAAGCUGUUGCAGGAAAUGAUAUGAAGAUUCAGGAAAACAGCUUAUUUUGGCUGUAAGCUGCCAGCAGAGUAUUGAUUUGAGUGAUGUGUCUAUAGUCUGGAGAAGAAAGUGCAUGAAGCAGUUCUGUUCUUGGUAACUGCUGCAGCAACAGCUGUUGACACUAUACCUGCAAAUCACCAGCAACUAUGUAGUUUUGACCUACAGUAUUUGUACCCACCAGGUCCCAAAGCCACCAAUAGGUUAUCUAUUAGGUAUAACGUAUACAGUCAUGUUUCUCAAGUUUAUAAAUCUCUUUUAUGAACACCAUCGCAUUUCAACGUCUUUUAAUAAUUAUGGUGGCGUAAUUUCUGAAGCCAAUGGCAAUGCAAGAAUUUGUACUGCUGAUAUGUUGGGACUUUUCAUUGCAUCAUUGUAAUGUUCAGUCACUCAUAGUUCGUGAGAGGAAUUGCCCAUUUCACAAAAUACAGGGAGUAUGAGAUAUGUUAGUUUUUUGGGGAAGGGGGGAGGGUUUAGGUUCAUCUGCUGUGCUCUAUUAUAUCAUUACUUAUAUUUUUGUUGCUUGUUGGUAAUUAUUGGAAAGCUUGAAUUCUGUUCUUAAAACUUUAACAUUGUCAUUAUUAAAUUGAUUUAACAAGUAGUUAAUUGUUAAACAGAACCAUUUAUUGCAUAUACAGUAAGUAGUCAACGCAAGAAAGAAUGACUUGAUUGAAAGAAUUAUAAAAAAAGAUAUAAAGAGACAGUAUAAACAUGACUAAUUAAUACUUAUUUCAGUGAUGACCAUAUCAUUGUACAGUUCUGCUACACUGUACCACUAAUGGUAUAUAAUAGCUAAAAGGUUAACGAUUACCCUUAUUGUUGUAUAGAAUAUGAUGUAAAUGAUGCAGGAUAAAAAUCAUCACAAGCGGCUAACAUUGUCUAAAUGUCGUGAAGCAGGUGAAAGAGGCAGUUAUACCUUUUUCAAGACAAAAAAUAUUGUCGCCAGUCGUGUGUUUCAAACCCUUCCAGAUUGUUGAUACUCCAUUACAGUCAUGCGUCGCUUAACAACAGAGAUGCAUUCAUUAUAUGUUUUGUCAUUGUGCUAAAUAGUGCACUUAGUUUAUCAUCAAGCAUUAUGUACUGUACAUAAUUGUAUGUGCUAUGCCUUUAUAUGUACAACUGGCAGCGCAGUGGGUUUGUUUACACUGUUGUCAUCACAGACAUGUGAAUAAUGCAUUGCACUGCGACAAUAUGAUGGCUAUGGCAUUGAUAGGUGAUAGCAGUUUUUCAACUCCAUUGUAAUCUCACGGGACUUUUGUUGUAUAUGCAGUUCAUUGUUGACAGAAAUGUUAAGUGGCGCAUGACUGUAAUGUCUUUUUUUUUUUAUUUUUCCCCCCACUUCACAGUAGGAAUUCUUAGAGUUAUUAACAGAAACUUGAGCACUUUAGCAGUGCUGUUCAUAUUUACAAUUAUUGUAUCGUAUGCUGCUCUUAGUGACAUUUUGUCAUGGGCAUUUUCUUUUGGGUGGGAGAGUCAGUCUGUUUAGAUGGCAUUCUUUUAUGAGAAAGGAGAUAAAAAGUGUGUGGUGUUAAAAUGUAUUGCCGUGAAACAGAUGUUGAUGGUUGUCGUAGAUGGUGGCUACAUCUGCUUUGGCUUUAUCUUGGUGACACCUUUAUUUUACCUUCACACUUGCUUCGUGUGACUUUGGUUGUGCAUUAUUCUUUGGUUUUUCCAUUUGUUGCCCUGUCUCUAGUGAGACGUUUGGUUUGUUCCCUGGCUUACAUUUACAACAGAGUUGAUUUAUACUUUUUGGAAAAGGUUAUUUUUACUCAUUGCUGUGUGUUUUCCUUUUGUCUUCAGUUUCAACUAAUAUGACUCUGUGUUAAAUAGUCAAUAUUUAGCUGGGGCAGCAAAUAAUCUCACCAAUGUCCAGAUAUAGCUUUUGAUAUCGGAUUCACAUGGCAUUCGCUGCAUUAUUACCGGCAAUUGAGUUAUCCUGUCUGAAGAAAAUUUGUUAUUUUGUCACCUGAGUAUUGUUGUUUCUGUCUGUACUCCCUUUGGAUGCAUAACUGAUGACAGGGUGAGAAAGGGUUAAAGUGUCAGCUGCUGGCAGCCACACUAUGAGGGUAAACUCUUUCCUACUUGAUGAACAAAUACACAUUCAUGAGAGCCACAAGUCCAAAGAUUUACUUAACAUGUCUACCUGCAUCAAUUUUGUCACAAACUGUCCACAACUAAUUUCAUGAAUCAUGAUGUGUAUGCUGUUUCUGUACAAAUGACAUUUGGCCAGCUGGAGGAGUUAUUUUGUAUAUUGCAACUGCCUCUCUUUCAGAUUGUGAAUUGUGCUGAGAUAGCAAAUUAAUCCCAAUAGCAAUGCCAACAAUAUUUUAAACUCAGAAUGGUCUUUCCCAGUUCUACUGCAUUUUGCCGCUAAGCUUUGUACUGUAGUGGCUAUUUCACAAUUUUGCUUGAUGAAAUGCAAUUGAAAAUAAAGUUAUUUUCGUCUUGGUAUGUUUAAAAUAGC